UGGAGAAGUUAGCCCGCGGACUCCCCGCGUCCCAACACGGGAAGGUCGCGAGUGGCCUCCGCCAAGGGUAUUUGGGGGCGGGGAUACGGAGGCACCGGCCACCGGCGUGACCCAAAGCCGGCUUUCAAAGUAGCUUUAGGAUGCGACAAUCAGAUGGUGGGGCGAGUGUGGGUGAGGAGGAGUGCCAAGUAUCAGGUAGAGUUGGGAUAGAGCUUCCUCAACUUCACCUGCACAGUUAACUGAAUGGAGAACGUUUUCUGGGAAAGAGUCGGGGUCACCUGCUUGGUUGCCUUCUACCUGGAACCUAGAACUCCUCUAUCUCCUUCACGGGGAGGCGACGGUGCACCGAGAACUGUCAUGACGUGGGGACUCUCCGAAACUCGAAAGUAGAGCAUAGAGCUGCUCCCAGCCUGAUCAUGUCAACUUUGAGGAAGCGUAAACAGUACUUGGGCUUUAGACUAUGUUGUAGAAGUCCAAGCACAUCUGACAUGAGAGGAAUCCCGAGGUCGUGUUCAUCUUCCAGGAUCUUUGUAUGGCUGUUAUUGUUGUGUGCUUUCUUGUCACUUACUGUGUGACACUAUUUCACCCAUCAGUGACCUAGACUGUCAGGGUUCUUCCCCCCUGAAGCUUGUAGUCUAGUAAUAAGUUCUAGAAAAUAGUCAAGCAUGGAGGAACGUUAAGUUUUAGAUUGAGUGUUUGUUCAGAGCAAGGGCAGAUAACCCUAAGAAAGAGCUGAAGUACAAGAAUUGUGACUGAAAUGCGAGGCCCAUAAUACCCCAGGAACCGGAAAUAUCAAGUGGCUACCUUGUCCUCUUUGGUAAAUGGCUGUUAACUAAACAUUAAGAAUAUUGACUAAAAAACACUGCAAUUCAGAGGAAAUAAAGAAGUAUGAUUUUGAAAAAUGAAUGAAUAGCUGAAUCAUUUAUUUUACUUUUGCUCCUAUUAGAGUGCUCAGUCAUGGAUUGUUAAGAUCAUCCCCUUCCAUAUUUGGUCUUGGCAUAAAGAACAAGCACCACUCUUAUUCACCUUAGUAGUUUCCUUAGUCUAACAAUAUUGCCAGCCUGUGUGGACAGAAAAUGAACAUUUGAAUAAAAGUAACUCCACUCACACCUCAAGAGAAAAUUGGCAUGAACAGUAGAGACAUUUGGAUCGAUAUGGUAUUUUCCUAGCUUUGUAAGCUAUAAACAAAAGAUUAGCUAUAUAGUCACAUCCCUCAAGCAGGAGUUUCUGGAGGUGCCUACUUCUAACCAUUAGAAAUCAUGCAUAUGUAGCAGUAAGAGCUAGAAGGUGUCAGCACUUAACCCACGCCAGCACUGUAUUGUUAUAAACACACAGAAUAAUCCUUAUAAUGUGAUAGGCUAUAAGAUUGAGGCAGGAACUAAUUUGUAAUGGAAGUUAAAGUUGAUUGUCAUGUUUGCUCAAAGCUUUUGUUGUUACCUAAUAUUUCUGUAUGUACAGAUCAGGUAUCCAAAAACUCACCUCUGAUGACUUGGCAACUCUUUAUUAACUGCCAUCAGACAAACAUAAGUGGCAUCCAUUCUGUCUUUGCAGCUUUUCUGUGAGGUGUGCUGAAGUCAACAGACUAUGAGCUUUCAGAACCUCUGGAGAGAGUACAAAGUUCUAAUUGUUAUGGUACCUUUAAUCGGGUUCAUACAUUUGGGGUGGCACAGAAUCAAAAGCAGCCCUGUCUUCCAAAUCCCUAAGGAGGACACCACUGAGCUGGACAGUCUGGGGCUUGCAAGUCCACCAAAGAGCCAAACCUAGGAGAAGUAGCAGGCUUGCAGUUUUCAGAAAGAAGCACCUUUGAAUCUGAACUUGAUAAUAAAAGAAGAAAUGAAAAAUCCCAGUUGGAUUAGAAAGAACUGGCUUCUUGUGGCUGGGGUGACUUUCAUAGGCAUCCAUCUUGGAACAUACUUUAUACAGAGAGUUGCAAAAGAGUCUGUGAGGUCUCAGUCCAGAGAAAAGAGUAUUGAAGAAUGAAACAAACUAAAUACUCGGGAUUAUUAAUGUCAUUAAAUUAAUCUAUGCUGGUUAUUGUCUGAAAAAUCACUUGAUUUUGUAGCUGGUAAUGCUGCAUGUGCAGACUCUCAUAUCUGGAGAAUAGUCUUUAAUGUUUCAAAACAUGACAGUGCAAUAAAAUGAAAACCGUAUGAACAAACUAAAGCUGCCUUCAGAAGUUACACCUGAAGCAGGAUGUCUCGCUUAGAAGCUAAGAAGCCAUCAUUGUGUAAAACUGAACCAUUGUCAAGUGAAAAGGUCAGGUCUACACUUUCUGUCCUGAAAGGAAUCAUAGCCUCAUGCUAUGGCCCUUCAGGGAGGCUGAAGCAGCUACACAAUGGAUUAGGAGGUUGUGUGUGCACAACUUCACAGUCCUCAGCCCUGCUUCGAAACCUUUCAGUCACCCAUCCUGUAUUAAAAGUCCUAACGUCAUCUGUGCAGAAUCAUGUGUCCUGCUUCAGUGAUUGUGGCUUAUUCACAGCCAUUAUGUGCUGCAACUUGAUUGAAAAUACUCAGAGAACGGGUUUGACACCCACGACUACUAUUAAAUUAAAUAAAUACUUCUUGAGUCUCUGUACCAGUUAUCUCAAGUCUGAAGCCUGUAGUUGUCGAAUCCCAGUUGAUUUCAGAAGUACACAAACCUUGCUCAGCUUGGUACACAGUAUCUUAACAAGCAAACCAGCCUGUAUGCUCACCAGAAAGGAAACAGAUCACAUAGGUGCUUUGAUUUUGAAAGCUUUUUUACUUACAAUUCCAGAAAGUACAGAAGAACGAAUGGUUUUAGGGAAGAGUAUAAUUGUUCCUUUAAAGGGCCAAGGAGUUACAGAUUCUACUGUAUUACCUGGACUACUCAUUGAAGCAUCAGAAGUUCAAUUAAGGAGAUUAUUAUCCACCCAAAAGUCAAGUGCCCUUAGGGUAGCACUCUUCUGUGCAUCUUUAUCUGGAGAUUUUUCUAAUUCUGGAGAAGGAACUGUGCUGGUCCAUUACCAAGUGUCCCUUGAGAAUGCAGUUUUAGAGCAGUUGCUUAAUCUAGGAAGGCAGCUAGUCACUGACCAUGUAGACCUUGUCCUGUGCCAAAAAGUGAUACACCCAUCUUUGAAACAGUUCCUCAGUGAGCAUCACAUUAUUGCCAUCGACAGAGUUGGGCUGACUCUGAUGGAACCUCUGAGCAAAGUGACAGGAGCAACACCUAUUGGUUCCCUAAACCCAAUAGUUUCUACUACUUAUGGAAGUGUGAAAGAUGUGUGCUCUGCAAGAUUUGGCUCCAAACAUUUUUUCCAUCUUCUUCCUAAUGAGGCGACUGUCUGCAGCUUGCUUCUCUGCAGUAGAAAUGACACUGCCUGGGAGGAGAUGAAGCUCACGUGUCAAACAGCAAUGCAUGUCUUGCAGUUAACAAUCAAGGAGCCGUGGGUUUUAUUGGGAGGUGGCUGUACAGAAACACACUUGGCUGCAUAUGUCAGACACAAGGUUCACAACAAGGCAGAAGCUAUUGUCAGAGAUGAUGGGUGUUCUCAGGCAGAGCUCCACAUUGCUGCUGAAGCAUUUUGCAGUGCUCUGGAGUCCAUUGCUGGCUCUCUGGAACAUGAUGGUGGUGAAAUCCUCAUUGACAUGAAGUAUGGACACUUUUGGUCAUGUCAAGCAGAUUCUGCCUCUGUCAGUAACUGGCCAGAUACGCUGUCACGGUGUGGCUGUGGUUUGUACAACAACCAGGAAGAGCUCAGCUGGUCCAUCUUAAGAGGCACUUAUCAUCCUUUUGCACCACAACCCUGCCUUUUACAGGCAGCUGUGGGCUCAGCCAGGAACCUGACUGUGGACUGCUUCACUGCAAAGAUGAGUGGCCUACAGGUAGCUGUAGAGACAGCCAAUUUGAUUUUAGAUCUUUCAUAUGUCAUUGAAGAUAAAAACUAACAUAAGAGAAUGGCAUAUAUAUGUUAUGAAGCAAACUAGUUGAGGUGUCUGGGAGAGCAUAUUGUUCUCUCCCAAGGGCCUGUUCUCUAUAGGUGAACAAAUGAUUUGUAAAAGUACACUUAUAUACUUAUAUUCCCUAAGAAAGAUUAUGGUUGUUAAAUAGAAAUUUAUAGGCUAAUAGAAAUUCUUGAUGCCUUUACAUUAUCACCAUCACCCCACUUUUGGUGUCCUCACAUAUAUUUAAGUUUGGAGGUUUACAAACCCUAAAGAUAGUAUGUCACCUUGAAAAUGGAAAUUUCCCUGAUGUUGCUUCUCCAAGUUGUUCCAACAAGGGGUGACCUGUACCUUUCCACUGGCAGGAUAGGAGUCUUUACUUUUCAUGAUACCAUUGUUAGUUCUGUACAUUUAGCUUUUUGUAAAACUUGAUACUUUCUUUGAUGCUACAUUGUUGCUCUCAUUUUAAAUAUUGUAUGAUUUGUUGGUAUAUUUUAAUAAAAUGAUCUGUGUUCCCUAAA